AUGGAUGACACGGGCUCGCUGGCCGUGUACAUGGUGGUGGAGCUGGCCAUCGCCGUGCUGGCCGUGCUGGGCAACGUGCUGGUGUGCUGGGCCGUGUGGCUCAACAGCAACCUGCAGAGCGUCACCAACUUCUUCGUGGUGUCGCUGGCGGCGGCCGACAUCGCCGUGGGCGUGCUGGCCAUCCCCUUCGCCAUCACCAUCAGCAUCGGCUUCUGCGCCGCCUGCCACAGCUGCCUCUUCCUGGCCUGCUUCGUGCUGGUGCUCACGCAGAGCUCCAUCUUCAGCCUGCUGGCCAUCGCCAUUGACCGCUACAUCGCAAUCCGCAUCCCCCUCCGGUACAACGGGCUGGUGACGGGCGCCCGAGCCAAGGGCAUCAUCGCCGUGUGCUGGGUGCUGUCCUUCGCCAUCGGCCUGACGCCCAUGCUGGGCUGGAACAGCUGUGACCGGCCGCGGGAGGCGCGCAACGGCUCGCGGGCGUGCGGCGAGGGCCGCGUGGCCUGCCUCUUUGAGGACGUGGUGCCCAUGAACUACAUGGUCUACUACAACUUCUUCGCCUGCGUGCUGGGGCCGCUGCUGCUCAUGCUGGGCGUCUACCUGCGCAUCUUCCUGGCCGCGCGGCGGCAGCUCAAGCAGAUGGACGGGCAGCCGCUGCCGGGCGAGCGGGCGCGCUCCACGCUGCAGAAGGAGGUGCACGCCGCCAAGUCGCUGGCCAUCAUCGUGGGGCUGUUCGCGCUGUGCUGGCUGCCGCUGCACAUCAUCAACGGCUUCACCUUCUUCUGCCCGCAGUGCCGCCACGCCCCGCCCUGGCUCAUGUACCUGGCCAUCAUCCUGUCCCACUCCAACUCCGUGGUGAACCCCUUCAUCUACGCCUACCGCAUCCGCGAGUUCCGCCAGACCUUCCGCCGCAUCCUGCGCAGCCACGUGCUGCGGCGGCGGGACCCCUUCAAGGCGGGCGGCGCCAGCGGCCGGGCCGGGGCGGCCCCCGGAGGCGGCGACGGCGAGCAGAUCAGCCUCCGGCUCAACGGGCACCCGCCAGGCUGGCUGGCCAACGGGAGCGCCCCCCGCCCGGGGCGGCGGCCCCCCGACGGCCACGCCCUGGGGCUGGCGGGCGGACGGGGUGCCCGCGGGGCCCCGGGGGACACGGGCCUCCCCGACCUGGAGCUCCUCAGCCAGGAGCUCGGGGGGCCCUGCCCGGACUCCCCCGGCCUCGAGGGCCCCCUGGCCCAGGACGGAGCGGGCGUGUCCUGA